AUGGAUCAGAUCCUCUUCAACCAAUACGGCGCCGCUGGCACGGUAUCCGAGGUGGAGAAAAUACUUGGCUGCGUCUUCAACAACAAAGAGCUGCUGGUGGAUGCGCUGACGCACUCGUCGUCGAUCCCGAGCCAGAGGAACUAUCAGCGGCUGGAGUUCGUGGGCGACGCCGUGAUUCAGCUCCCCGUCAGCAAUUACCUCUUCCUCCAGAGCCCUCCGCUCGAUCCGCGUAACCUCUCCCUCCUCCGGGCCGCCAACGUCAGCACGGAGAAGCUUGCCCGCGUGGCGGUUCGCCGUGGGUUUUACAAGUUCGUCCGGCGAAACUCUGCCGCUCUUGAUGACCGGGUGAGUCGUCAACUUACUCCCCAAGUUAUCGACUCUGUUUCUACACUCUGUUUCUUCAAGAUCGACUUUUUUCACCUCGCCGCCUCCGAGUACGUUUCCUGUGCCGGCGUUUAA